CCCCCCUCCGGCCAAGGAGAGCUCAGAGACCUCCAGGGUGUUUCAGUUGAAGUUGUCGGACAGCGUGGAAACCUUCACAGACAAGAAGACUAGGAACACUGAGUUGCUGGGAAAGGGAGGAAGAAGGAAGGUUGUACAACGAGGCGUCGUAUUGCUGCGGAAGGAUUCUAUUCUUGGGGCGGCGGAUGGAUUUGACUGUACGUCAACUUCCGGGCAGGUCCUAGUCCUGAGGAAAAGCCCCGAAGGAAACAAUAACAAACGAAAGGAGGAAGCGAUUACGGGGUUUCUGUGUUGUUUAGUUUUUGCCCAAGAAGAUGAGCUUCGGCCCUCGUCAGGGGGUGUGAAAGAGUUCGGAGGGCUUUACCCUUUUCCACCUGUUUGCCUCACGGGGGCCCUCAGGGUAUUGCCAUGGCGGGCGUGGGGUCCGGGGGCUACGCGUCGGAGUUCGUGCCACCGCCGGAGUGCCCAGUCUUUGAGCCCAGCUGGGAGGAGUUCACAGACCCGCUCAGCUUUAUCGGCCGCAUCCGGCCUCUGGCAGAGAAAACCGGCAUCUGCAAAAUCCGACCGCCCAAGGAUUGGCAACCGCCAUUUGCGUGUGAAGUGAAAAGCUUUCGUUUCACACCCAGAGUCCAGCGCCUGAAUGAACUUGAGGCAAUGACCAGAGUGAGACUGGACUUCCUGGAUCAACUGGCAAAAUUUUGGGAACUUCAAGGAUCUACUUUGAAGAUUCCUGUGGUGGAGAGGAAAAUCUUGGAUCUGUAUGCUUUGAGCAAGAUUGUUGCCAGCAAAGGAGGUUUUGAAAUGGUUACCAAAGAAAAGAAAUGGUCUAAAGUGGGUAGCCGCUUGGGAUAUCUGCCAGGAAAAGGAACUGGGUCUCUUUUGAAGUCACAUUAUGAAAGAAUUCUCUACCCAUAUGAGCUUUUCCAGUCUGGUGUCAGCCUUAUGGGUGUACAAAUGCCUAAUUUAGAUCUUAAGGAAAAAGUGGAGCCUGAGGUUCUUGGCACUGAUGUCCAAACUUCCCCAGAGCCAGGCACAAGAAUGAACACUCUACCAAAGAGAACAAGACGUGUCAAGUCUCAGUCAGAAUCUGGAGAAGUGAAUAGAAACACAGAACUGAAGAAACUUCGAAUUUUUGGUGCUGGGCCUAAGGUUGUGGGCCUGGCAGUGGGCGCCAAAGAUAAAGAAGAUGAGGUCUCCCGAAGACGAAAAGUUACCAACAGGUCAGACGCAUUUAACAUGCAAAUGAGACAACGGAAAGGAACUCUCUCUGUUAACUUUGUUGAUCUCUAUGUUUGUAUGUUUUGUGGUCGGGGAAAUAAUGAAGAUAAAUUGCUUUUGUGUGAUGGAUGUGAUGAUAGCUAUCAUACCUUUUGUUUAAUUCCUCCAUUACCUGAUGUGCCAAAAGGAGAUUGGAGGUGUCCAAAAUGUGUUGCUGAGGAAUGUAAUAAACCUCGAGAAGCGUUUGGAUUUGAACAGGCUGUACGAGAGUAUACACUUCAGAGCUUUGGAGAGAUGGCUGAUAAUUUUAAGUCUGAUUAUUUCAAUAUGCCAGUCCAUAUGGUUCCCACAGAACUAGUAGAAAAGGAAUUCUGGCGGCUGGUGAGCAGCAUUGAAGAAGAUGUUAUUGUAGAGUAUGGAGCUGAUAUCUCCUCAAAAGACUUUGGAAGUGGAUUUCCUGUAAAGGAUGGUCAGAGAAAAAUGCUGCCAGAAGAAGAGGAAUAUGCACUUUCUGGUUGGAACUUGAAUAACAUGCCUGUCCUAGAGCAGUCUGUUCUUGCACAUAUUAAUGUAGACAUCUCUGGUAUGAAAGUACCAUGGCUGUAUGUGGGAAUGUGUUUCUCUUCUUUUUGCUGGCAUAUUGAAGAUCACUGGAGUUAUUCCAUCAAUUACUUGCACUGGGGGGAGCCAAAGACAUGGUAUGGUGUGCCAUCUCAUGCUGCAGAACAACUGGAGGAAGUGAUGAGGAAGCUGGCCCCUGAGUUAUUUGAAUCUCAGCCUGAUCUUCUACAUCAGUUAGUCACCAUCAUGAACCCCAAUGUGCUAAUGGAGCAUGGCGUGCCUGUGUACAGGACCAAUCAGUGUGCUGGCGAGUUUGUUGUGACGUUUCCCCGUGCCUAUCAUUCUGGAUUUAAUCAGGGCUACAACUUUGCCGAAGCUGUGAACUUCUGUACUGCUGACUGGUUGCCCAUUGGACGUCAAUGUGUCAAUCAUUACCGCCGGCUAAGGCGCCAUUGUGUCUUUUCACAUGAGGAACUCAUUUUCAAAAUGGCAGCAGAUCCAGAAUGCUUAGAUGUGGGGCUGGCUGCCAUGGUGUGCAAAGAAUUGACUCUGAUGACUGAAGAAGAGACACGAUUAAGGGAGGCUGUGGUGCAAAUGGGUGUCUUGAUGUCAGAAGAAGAAGUAUUUGAACUUGUUCCUGAUGAUGAGCGACAGUGUUCAGCCUGCAGAACGACGUGCUUUCUCUCUGCUCUCACAUGCUCCUGUAACCCUGAACGACUUGUGUGUCUCUACCAUCCAAAUGAUCUGUGCCCCUGCCCCAUGCAGAAGAAAUGUCUGAGAUAUCGCUACCCAUUAGAGGAUCUCCCUUCUCUGCUAUAUGGUGUGAAAGUCAGGGCACAGUCCUAUGACACUUGGGUCAGUCGUGUUACCGAAGCAUUAUCUGCUAACUUCAACCACAAGAAAGAUUUGAUUGAAUUUCGGGUAAUGCUGGAAGAUGCUGAGGAUAGGAAAUACCCAGAGAAUGAUCUCUUUAGAAAACUCAGGGAUGCUGUAAAAGAAGCUGAGACCUGUGCUUCUGUGGCUCAACUGCUUCUGAGCAAAAAGCAGAAACACAGGCAGAGCCCUGAUUAUGGGAGGACUCGGACCAAACUGACGGUGGAAGAGUUGAAGGCCUUUGUCCAGCAACUUUUUAGUCUUCCAUGUGUCAUCAGCCAAGCUCGACAAGUAAAGAAUCUGCUGGAUGAUGUGGAAGAGUUUCAUGAACGUGCUCAAGAGGCCAUGAUGGAUGAAACCCCAGACUCUUCUAAACUCCAGAUGUUGAUAGACCUGGGCUCUAGUCUUUAUGUGGAGUUACCUGAAUUAGCCCGACUAAAGCAAGAGCUACAGCAGGCUCGAUGGUUGGAUGAAGUAAGACUGACUCUAUCAGACCCACAGCAAGUCACUUUGGAUGUCAUGAAGAAAUUGAUAGACUCUGGGGUGGGGUUGGCUCCUCACCAUGCUGUGGAGAAAGCAAUGGCUGAACUACAGGAGCUCCUUACGGUCUCUGAGCGAUGGGAAGAAAAGGCUAAGGUCUGCCUACAGGCAAGACCAAGACACAGUGUGGCAAGUUUAGAAAGCAUUGUGAAUGAAGCUAAGAACAUUCCAGCUUUUCUACCUAAUGUGCUGUCCCUGAAAGAAGCCUUACAAAAGGCUCGAGAAUGGACAGCUAAAGUGGAAGCUCUUCAGAGUGGCAGCAACUAUGCUUACUUGGAGCAGCUCGAGAGCCUAUCUGCUAAAGGGCGUCCCAUUCCUGUGCGUCUUGAUGCGUUGCCCCAAGUAGAAUCACAAGUAGCAGCAGCACGGGCAUGGAGAGAACGGACCGGGCGGACCUUUCUUAAGAAGAAUUCUAGCCAUACAUUGUUACAGGUGCUAAGUCCCAGAACUGACAUUGGUAUAUAUGGGAGUGGUAAAAACAGAAGAAAAAAAGGAAAAGAACUAAUGGAAAAAGAAAAAGAAAAGGAUCUGGACCUUGAGCCUCUGACUGAUCUGGAGGAAGGAUUGGAGGAAACCAGAGAUACAGCCAUGGUGGUGGCAGUUUUCAAAGAACGGGAGCAAAAAGAGAUUGAAGCCAUGCAUUCCCUCAGAGCAGCCAACCUAGCUAAGAUGACGAUGGUGGACCGCAUAGAAGAAGUGAAAUUUUGUGUUUGCCGCAAGACAGCUAGUGGGUUUAUGCUGCAGUGUGAGCUCUGCAAAGACUGGUUCCAUAACAGCUGUGUUCCCCUGCCUAAGUCAUGUUCCCAGAAAAAAGGGUCUAGCUGGCAGGCUAAAGAAGUAAAAUUUCUUUGCCCUCUUUGUAUGCGGUCUCGAAGGCCAAGGCUAGAAACUAUACUGUCACUCCUAGUAUCCCUUCAGAAGUUGCCUGUACGGUUGCCUGAGGGAGAGGCCCUACAGUGUUUGACAGAACGUGCUAUGAGUUGGCAGGAUAGAGCACGGCAGGCCCUAGCCACAGAUGAACUGUCUUCCGCCCUGGCCAAACUAUCUGUGUUGAGCCAGCGUAUGAUAGAGCAGGCAGCUCGAGAAAAAACUGAAAAGAUCAUCAGUGCAGAACUCCAAAAAGCAGCUGCCAAUCCAGACUUACAGGGACACUUACCUAGUUUCCAGCAGUCUGCUUUUAACCGGAUGGUAAGCAGUGUAUCUUCUUCCCCUCGACAAACAAUGGAUUAUGAUGAUGAAGAAACAGAUUCUGAUGAAGACAUUCGGGAGACAUAUGGCUAUGACAUGAAGGAUACAGCCAGUGUGAAGUCCUCCAGUAGUCUAGAACCCAAUCUUUUUUGUGAUGAAGAGAUUCCUAUUAAGUCUGAGGAGGUGGUCACUCACAUGUGGACAGCACCUUCAUUCUGUGCAGAACAUGCUUAUUCUUCUGCUUCUAAGAGUUCUCAAGGUUCAAGCACCCCAAGGAAACAACCUCGGAAGAGCCCUUUGGUACCCCGAAGUUUGGAACCUCCAGUAUUGGAGUUGUCGCCUGGAGCUAAAGCCCAGCUGGAAGAGCUUAUGAUGGUUGGAGAUCUCCUGGAAGUAUCACUGGAUGAGACUCAACAUAUAUGGCGGAUAUUGCAGGCCACACACCCACCCUCUGAAGACAGAUUCCUGCAUAUCAUGGAGGAUGACAGCAUGGAAGAAAAACCAUUAAAAAUAAAAGGAAAGGACUCUUCAGAGAAGAAACGGAAACGGAAGCUAGAAAAAGUAGAACGGCUCUUUGGAGAAGGAAAACAGAAGUCCAAAGAGGUAAAGAAGAUGGAUAAACCUAAAAAGAAGAAAUUAAAAUUAAGUACAGAAAAAUCAAAGGAGCUAAACAAACUGGCCAAGAAACUAGCAAAAGAAGAAGAGAGAAAGAAAAAGAAGGAGAAGGCUGCUGCAGCCAAAGUUGAGCUUGUGAAAGAGAAUACUGAGAAGAAGAGAGAGAAAAAGGUGUUGGACAUUCCCUCAAAGUAUGACUGGUCAGGAGCAGAGGAAUCUGAUGAUGAGAAUGCUGUGUGUGCAGCACAAAACUGCCAAAGGCCCUGCAAAGACAAGGUAGACUGGGUACAAUGUGAUGGUGGCUGUGAUGAGUGGUUUCAUCAAGUUUGUGUGGGUGUAUCUCCAGAAAUGGCUGAAAAUGAAGAUUACAUCUGUAUAAACUGUGCAAAGAAGCAGGGGCCAGAUAGCCCAGGUCAAGCACCAGCUUCUUCCUUCAUAAUGAGCUACAAAUUACCAAUGGAGGAUCUUAAGGAGACCAGUUAGCAGAUGCUGAGUUAGUUUGGGACAUGGAGAAAAUGGACCACAUUAAGACCUUAGUCAUAAAAUGGAGUGGUUUAGAUCCACUCAUAAUGUUGCUUCCAAAGACAAAUGGCCUUCAAAGAAAGUCCUGUAGCUGACUUCCUCUUUGCAUGGACUGUGUGAUCUCCAUUCUGUAUCAACACAUCUGUGCAGAGGGUGUCUUCUUUGGUACAGCAGCUGAUAUUUGAGUUCAUGUCUCUUUUGAGUAUGGUUUGUUACAUUAAGGCCAGGCAUUUGAGCUCCAGGGUGGUUGGUUGGGAUUAAUACCUUGGUGUUACAGCAGGGCAUGUAGAGAUGUGUCUUAAUGGCCAGUUGAUAUUAAUUAGAGGUUUACCACGUAGAGGCAACACCCUCUGGAGGUGCUGAUUACUUGGAUCUCCUUAGUUAGGAUAGUUACAGAGGAGUCAGAGCACCACUUUCCCUCCACUAUUACGUGGUAUUUAAUGCCCUGAAAAUAUAGCUAGGAAAAGAACAGGGCCAAAGUUAACUCUUGUCAGAAGUCAUGGGAUACUAGUGCAGCCUAGACCUCAGCUACUUUGUGCUUGUUUGUACCAAGAAGAAACCCCCAAAAGAUAGGCAGAUCACCUUAUCUUCCUAAGGAGGAGGAUGUCUUAUAGUUCAGAAAUCUGACUAGAUUGUAUUCUGGUAAGAGAGCUUUUCUUAUUUUAAGAAAAAGGAGCUUUUUGUUUUGGCUUAGAGAAGAGCAGAUACAUGGAUCUAGCCCUCUGCAAAAGAAAGGACAAGUUAAUGUUUUACUGAGCCACAGUGAUGCAUGCUUUUUGGGAAAACUUUCAUUCACAAGUAUACUAGUUACCACCAGGUUUCAGGCAUGGCCAUGAGCAAAACCAGCAAAUAACAGCUUUUUGCCUGGCAGCCCUGACACCACUGUCUGCUGUUUCCAAUCCUGGCCAUUUCUGACCAUGGCACACAGCAGAUGCUAUUGAAUGACACCAUGCUUCAUCACAGGGUGUGGGAUUGUAGGACCUCUGGGUGAUGAAGUUGUUUUAGUAAAUCCAUUUUUUUAAAAAAGAAAAAAGGACCUGUUUUUACUUUUUCUAAAUGUCUCUGACUACUGACUGUUCUAUAAAUAGAUUAUUUUUCCUUUUUUAAUAUACAUAUAUGGAUAUAUAAAUAUAUAUAUUUACUGUUACAAGCAGCAUAUGACAAAGUUUCAGCAUCAGAAAUCCAUUUGGGGGCUUGCUUACUCUUUUUUGCUUUUUAAUAAAGAAAUCCCAUUCCUCCUUGUAAUACAAGGAGUUAGCACUUCCUUCUCCAUCCUGGCCUAACCAGAUCUUCCAUCUUGUUUUUGUUUAAAUAAAUAAUUAUAUUUCCUUUGUGCAUUGGGUCUUGUCCCUGACUGUUGGGAAACUUGGUCUUACUAUAUCUGUGAUGGCUGUUUUGUUUUGUUUUUUGUAUGUGAAUGUGUGAAACUAUGGUGCUGUGUCCUCUUUCUCCUGUUGUGUUCUCUGUUCUUGUUAAGGUGUUAGGUAAGCUGUGUGAAAAUUCUUAAUAGAAGGGGACUAAUUUUUUUCAAAGAAAAAGUAACUAAAAAUAGUAUUUUGUCAUUACUGUUCUGUGUCCCUUUUAUUUGGUUUAAAAACUGUCAUUUGACUUAAAUUAAUCAGUUUUACUUUUAAAGGGAGCAGGGUGGACCUAAAGAAUAGCUUGUAGUCUCAUUCCCACUUUGCCCCAAUUUAUUUGAAAAAAAAUGUCUUCUAGUAACUAGAAGUGAAACGUACUGUCCAGUCACAGUUUGAGUGGGUAUGAGGUUUAACUCAAAAGGCAUCUUACAAAAAAAUAAGCAAAACCUUUUCUAUAAAAUUGAGUUUUCAUAAAUGCUUUCUCUAUGGUUCAGACUACCAAUUUUUCAGUUACUCUUCCCUUAAUAACGUUUUGAGUGUUUUGACCUGUUAAGAAGUGUGUUGCUGUGCAUGUGUCUUGAGAAUGUCAUCUCAAGUGUGUGUGUGAUUUAAGAUUUCAGUGGAUAUUGCAAGCUGACUAAUUAACCAAUUUCAUAAGUUUUCAUUUUGCCAAACUAUAUAAGGAUAUUGUUCAAGAAUUUCACUUGGUUGAUGUUACAAAAGAAAGCACAGAAUUUUUUGCCUUUUGGUCUUCUCUGUAAAAAUCUUCAAAUACUUGCGGGUUAAAAAUUGAAUGCAAUUUUAAGUGAUGGCUGUCUGGAAUACAUUUUAAAAUAUUUUAUUUUUUUCUUCCUGGUCACCCAGCUACUCAGCUAUCAGUGGAGGGGCAUGAGGAUGCUAAGAAAGAUAUCUAAGGUGCUUUGCUUCUUGGAACAUGGUAGAUGGAUAUAGGUAGCUGUUUAAGGAAUGCCUUAUGUUCUUAAUAUGGCAUUUGCCUGCUAAAGACCUGAGAGAAAAAUAAGGGCAGUCUCCAACCUUGAAAAAGCUUCCAGUUUUUCUUCUAGCAUUUUGAAACUUAACGUAAUAUCAUUUAAUAGAUACUGUGGGGUUUUCUGUAUUUACAUGAAAGUCUGAGAGGAUUUGGUCUGACUCUUGACCAUAAAUUUAAACCAAGGCUGAGAAGAGCAGGUGAAAUUAAUGUUUUUAAGAGAAAGAGAGAGAAAGAAAAGUUAACACAGUCAAACCAGUUUUGGAAUUAAUGGACUGAGACUUUAUUUAAAGAAAUACUGAUGCUCUAACACAAAACAUUUUCUUCAGUUAGAGGGAAUUACUAUUUACAAUUUACACCAUUCUUCAGUAUUUUAACAUUUUAUAUUGAGAUAAUUUGAAGUGUUUCUUUACCCUUUCUAUCUCCUCAAAGUUGUAAUUCUUCACCAUUGGUAUUUUAACUUAGAUGUUAAUUCUUUCAAAGUUAUUUCUUACUACCUUUAUUUUAAACUAUUUUGGCAAAGGUUAUAGAUUGAAAAAUGAAAAAAUGGUAGGGUCUUGAUAGUCUCAAAGGGUGGGUCAUUAGAACUAUGCAAACCCCAAGUUUACAAGUCCAAGUAAAGCAUUGGUAGUCUUGUUGGAGGAAGGAGCAUUUUCCUCUCACAGAUGUGUGUUUCACUUUGAUAGGUACUGCAACAAAGCCAUGUUGAGUUGUAAAUAAAGUUACUGCAAACCAACUUUGCACUGCAUGGUUCAAACUUGUGCCUCAAUAAAAUUACAAAUUAUUAUAUAUCAUACUUUGAAUAAUUGAAAAGGGAAACAUUAAAUCUGAUUCCUCACAAUAUACUUUAAUAUUAGACUUGUAAUAUUAGAACAAUUUUCCCUGUGCUUCACUUUUGUUCUUCUCUCCUUUUGUCUUUAGCAAGUGUCUAAGAAAUUAAUUGUUUUUCUUAAUUUUUGGAUUCUGGGUGCAAUUCAGUGCAUGUAAAAGAAACUCCCUGCUUGUCAAUAUUUUGAUUCUAUAGCCAUUUGUGUGACAUCAGCCAGUACUUCAAAUAGGAAGAUGAAAGGAAAAACUGAGAAAACCCCACUUUUAAAAGGUGACAUUAUCUACUUUUUAAAGGAGAAAGUGAUGAUUUGGAGUGGGAUUUGAAAGUGUAAAUUGUGGAAAAAUUAAGCUGUACAAGUCCCACAUAUAACCAGGUUCAAUAAAGGUUUCUGUAUGAAUAGGUGUGUAGUAAGUUGCUUUUGCAGUAGGUCCUUAUGUAUAAAUUUUUUCAAAAGCAGGCAGUUGAUUUGCUGUCCCCCUCUUUUUUAAAAAAUUAAAAUGUAUUAUUAUUUUUUGGA